AUGGAUAGUAAUAAUAACAAUAUAGUUUAUAGAGAUAAUGAAAAUACCUCAGAUUUUGACCUUUUGGAAAAUAAUGAACCUCAUAACGUUUCAGCUAAAACUAAAAGAAAAACUUUAGAAGAACCUAUCAAAGA